UUUCUUUCUGAGCACAAUCUCAAACCGCCUACACCGCGUUGAGCUUGGACCGAGACUACACCGCCUGGCCGACCAGCAUGGCCCCGUUUGCCGAAACACCCAUCAUUUCACUUCGCGAUGCUUCUUCGUUUGAAGUAUCCAAAGAACCAGACCUCCUCGAUGGAUGGUGGACCUCGGAGUAUCUGUUCUCGCUCGAGCGCCGAGCAAUCUUCAGCAAGACAUGGGUCUGCAUUGUGCACCGCAGCCGCUUCACAAAGCCGGGUGAUUACAUCUCCCUGGAGCUCGCCGGCUUCCCUGUCUUGAUCAUCCUGGGCAAAGAUCGCAUCGCCCGUGCCUUCCACAACGUAUGCCGCCAUAGGGCGUACACCAUCACCAAGAAGCCUAUCGGCUCUUCUCUCGUUCUUGGAUGUCGUUACCAUGGAUGGUCCUAUGACACCAUGGGUAACCUCGUCAAAGCUCCUCAGUUCGACGGCAUCGAAGGCUUCAACAAAUCUGAGAACGGCUUAUUCAAGAUCCACACUUGCACUGAUCGUGCUGGGUUUAUCCACAUCAAUCUCGAUGCCGGCGAGUCUCUUCAGGCGCCCAGUUGCGAAGAUCUCGUUGGACACGCAGCUGAACACGACAUCACGGCCAAAAGUAGGUGGCUCACCGGCUGGGAGUUAUGUGGCGCAUUCAAUUGGAAGACCAUCGGAGCCAGCGAUCGCACCGGCAUCGGGACGCCGAGCCCGUCCUCAGCCAGUGCUUCGGUCAUGGAGUUUCUUCUCUCCGUAUUCCGAGGUCCUGGCUUUGCAGUCGACGGGUGUCAUACCUUCCUGGCUGACCCCACUACUGUCAUACUCGUUUUCCCCUACUCGAACAUCUGGGCAACCAUGACCGGCUUGCCAGUCUCGGCUUCCGAGACCACCAUCAGAUGCGACAUCUUCUCUCGUGAUGGGCUUUCUCUGCCUCCUGCUACUGAAGAAGCGUUGAAGCUGUAUACUGCUUCCCAGGCCCAAGCGCUACAGCACCUCUACGACGUCGUGAAGUCUAUCCGACCCACUGAAGAGCCGGCGCAGGUGUCUCUCUUGAAGGAGCAUCUUCGUCUCGAGCGCCUGGCUGGGUGUGAGAUCUUCCCCGGCAGACGCGAAGAAGGAAGAAGCGAGGGCUUCUGCAAGGCCGAGAAGCUGUGCAAUGAGCUUGACAAGCUCGCGAAAGGUGGAAGCGAUGGUGCUUAUGCGAGGACGGGUUGCGCUCAAGGAGGCUUGGAGUGGUAGGUCGCGGUGCGAGCUUGGUGACACGUCGGCAUGUGACUGAAAUCUGGCUCAUCUUAAGUUUUAACAUGAGGUGCUUCUGUGGCUUAUGAGCAAUCGACUCUCAGUAUUUCUCUACUCGUCACUCUUAUAAGGCCACCAUAGCUCCUUCCAUCCAUAGUCGC